AUGGCUUCCAUCAGUGCAGCAAAUGCUGAAUUCUGUUUUGAUGUAUUCAAAGAGGUGAAAUUACACCGCAGCAAUGACAACGUGCUCUUUUCCUCCCUGAGCAUGCUCUCAACCCUGGCCCUGGUGUAUAUGGGAGCAAGGGGUAAGACUCAAUCUCAGAUGCAGAAGGUUCUUCACUUUGAUAACGUUACAGGAGAUGGAGACAUUACUGACCCCCAGUGUGGCACUGCUGAAUACAUCCACAAAUCAUUCAAGGAUAUUCUGUCAGACAUCAGCCGGCAAAAUGCUACCUACUCACUUAGGAUUGCUGACAGACUCUACAUCGACAAAACAUACCCUAUUCUUGAGGAAUACAUAAAGUGUGCGAAGAAAUUCUACAAAGCAGAGCUGGAAGAAGUUAAUUUCAAAACAGCUGCAGAGGAAGCAAGACAGCUCAUUAACUCCUGGGUGGAAAAAGAGACAAAUGGACGCAUCCAAGAUCUCCUUGUCUCRGACUCUGUUAAUCUUGAUACUGCACUGGUCUUUGUGAAUGCCAUUUACUUCAAAGGGAUAUGGAAAACUGCAUUUAAAGAAGAAGACACUCAGGAAGCACCUUUCAAUGUGACAGAGCAAGAGAGCAGACCCGUGCAAAUGAUGUGUCAGAACAGCACCUUCAAAGUGGGAAGAGUGGCUGAAGAGAAAAUUAAGAUCCUGGAGAUUCCCUACGCCAGUGGAGACMUGAGCCUGUUGGUGCUGCUGCCUGAUGACAUCUCUGGCCUGGAGCAGCUGGAGAAAAAAAUCAGCUAUGAAAGACUCAUGGAGUGGACCAGUCCCAAGGUGAUGGAAAAGAAGAGAGUGAARGUGUACCUCCCACGCAUGAAGAUUGAGGAGAAAUACAACCUCACAUCUGUCUUAACAUCCUUGGGUAUGACCGACCUGUUCAGCCCCUCGGCCAAUCUCUCUGGCAUCUCUUCGGCAGAGGGCCUGAAGUUAUCGGAUGCCAUCCACAGGGCAUUCAUGGAAGUCACUGAAGAGGGYGYUGAGGCAGGUGGUUCAGAGGUUGUGACUGGAGACAUCCAGCAUUCCUCUGAAUUUGAAGAGUUUAGGGCUGACCACCCAUACCUUUUCUUGAUCAAACACAAUCCAAGYGAUAUGAUCCUCCUCUUUGGUAGAUAUUGCUCUCCCUAAAGAGAAA